AAACAAGGUGACGGGGUGGAAUUGGAGGAGAGUGUGGACGUCAAGGCCUUGAGGGCUAGGUUUCAUGCUAAGGCUGAGAUGGCUGCUGUUGGAGGAGGCGGUCCCCCGAGGACCUUGCUGCCAGGAGUCGGGAGAGCAGGAACGCCGAUGGCAUUCAACUCGAACGUCAAUGGAGCUGUCAGACCCAAGGCAUCGCCCACUGGUCCCAAACCGCUGCCAGGAGUUCGCUCCCCUUCAGACUUGUACAGGUUCCCCAGGCCCCCCAUGGCUGAUCCUGGGGGUCCAACCACUGUAAGAAACCUUUCUCCACUGGGCGUCUUCCCAAGACCGCCGCCGUCUCACCACAUCGGCUCCCAAGAGCAAAGAACGGCCUCGCCAGGCACAGAAAAGCCAGGGAGGGCCAAAGCAACGGGGGAGCUGUUACAAAACAAGAUGCUGAGGCAGCUUCCUGGGUCAGACGGGACCGUACCCAAGCCGGCCUCUCCUGUCAUCACCUUACUGCGCAGCCAGAGGAGCAUGACCGAAGUCCCCCCCCUCAGGAGGAACCUUCCCCCUGAGGGACCCAGGCCCCUCAAACCCAAACGUCCGCCUUACGUCAAUCUGGACAAUUUCAGGAAAGCUCCUGCUUUCACCCCAAUGCCUAGACUUCCAACGCCAGGGAAGAUUCAUGGUGGCAGCAGUCCGUCCCUUCCUGGGUCAACUAGUCCAUCAGGUCCACCAAGGCUCCCAGCAAAACCCAGCAGUCUACACCAGCAACACUCCACUGUUCUUGAUGAGGAUGACCAGGACACUUAUGAUGACAUAGAUGUGCUUCCACCUCCCCCACCCCCUCCACCAAAAUAUCCAGGAAGUAGAGAUGACUCCUGGACUGACCAUGGUUCCACACAAGGAGAUGAGGAAAGUGGUGAAAGUGAAAUUUAUGAACCUAUUGAUGAACCUGAGGAGUCAUCCAAUCCCAUCAGCAAGGUCAAGAAAAAGAAGGACCAGCUUGAGCUGAAAAAUAAAGACCAGAGGGUGAAACAAAAGAAAGAGAAUGAAUACAGAAAGAAAUUUAAGUUGACUGAGCCAGUGGAGGUCUUGCAUAUAGCCAAGGUUCGACACGACUGGCAAGGGGGCAAGAAUGAUCUGUCUGUGCGGCAGGGUGACACUAUAGAGAUCAUCCGGGUCAAGAACAACCCAGAGGGCAAAUGGCUUGCCCGCACACUCAGUGGCACCUAUGGGUACAUCAACAAUACGUGUGUGGACCUGGACUAUGAGGAAGUGAAGCGAAGCUUCCUUUGUAAAGCGGCAGACGCCUCUUUCCCCCCACCACCUCCUGCACAAGACGAUGACUUCUACGAUGAUGUGGGCUCCUCACAACAAUUGAACAGCAGCACUGAUUUGGACAAUGAAGAUGUGUAUGAUGAUGUGCAGCAGAUACCGGAUGAGUUCCCACCUCCCCCUCCAGAGCCAAGCCUAGAUCCCAAAAAAGCCAAAAAACAGGAAAAGGAAGAGAAAGAAUUUAGAAAAAAGUUUAAGUUUGAAGGGCCUAUAACUGUCAUCUGCCACAUGAUGGUUGAUCCCAACAACAGCGUCAAAAAGGGAGGUGGAAAGGAUCUAUCCUUAAAUCGUGGAGAGAUCCUGGAAGUCAUUCAGUUCAUCAACGACAAGAAGGCAUUGUGCCGCAACCAGCAGGGGAAAUAUGGAUAUGUGCCACGGUCUGUCCUCCUACACAUGGAAGGGGAAGUUUAUGAUGACGUUGAUAGCCUAGCAGUUGUAUAUGACAACGAUUCCAGCACAGAUCAGAAACCCUGGUCCUGAAGACAGUAGUUGUAAAUGGGAUGAAGUCUAACCUGAGAAAAUAUUUAUUUCUUCCAGAGAGGAAUUUCUAAAUAGCCAUUAGUUCAAUCUGGUGCAUAGAAAAGCAAGCGCUCAAAAGAAACUUGAAUCUCUUGAGGUUUUUUACAAUUUGUAAAUAAAAUGUUGGGCUUUCAGUUUCACUCUGUUUGUUUUGUACAGUGCUUAUUGUUUACUUUUUUGCUCUAAAUAGUUAAAAUACAUGCGCAAAUAAAGGUUUUACUCACA